AAGAAGAUAUAUCUUGCGCGAAGUAAAGAAAAUCUUAGCUGAUAGUAACGAAUUAAAAAAUAGAGCAUCACCAAAAAUCUAUAAUCCGCUGAACUCUAAAUUCGGUUUGAUGCAAGACGAUAAUUGGUUCCUGUGUUUAGUUCUGGAAUAUUCAGAUCUGC